ACAAAGAGAAUAAGGCAAUUAGUUCCAUCGUCUCGCCGCUACGCGGUGACAAUGUUUUAGUAUCUGUGAUACGAAUAAAUUUUCAAUUACAAAAAGACCUAACUAAUAUAGUUAAUUUGUAAUUUUUGGUAAUUUUUGUACCUGUUUAAUUAAAAUCCUGACUUACAUUUGCUGAUAAGAACGCAGUAAAAGUGCUUUAGAACUCUCAAAGUGUGUGACAAAAAUCACCAUUGAGUGAUAGAUAUCUAUUACCUACUUAUAAAGCUAUGAUUUAAGAAUCAUAACAUGGAACAAUGCUUUAAAAAACCAAAAUUAGAUACAAGUAUAAAAGAAGGGGAAGCAGAAAUUUUAGUUGACAAUGCAAAUGUAUUUUACAAUCCUGUUCAAGAAUUUAAUAGGGACCUUGGUGUAGCUGCCUUAACAGCUUUUAUAAAAGACAUACAGGAACAAAAAACAGAGAGAAAUACAAGAAAAGAAGAUGGAAUCACCGUAUUAGAAGCUUUGUCUGCCACUGGUUUACGUAGCAUUCGAUAUGCCAAAGAAGUAAAAGGCAUAAAGCAAAUUACAGCCAAUGACAUCUGUGCAAAGGCAGUAGAAAGCAUAAAAAAAAAUAUACAACAUAAUGGAGUUGAAAAUCUUAUAAAACCAAGUCAUGAAGAUGCAACUUUACUCAUGUAUCAAAAUAGAAAGAACAAGUUCGAUGUGAUAGAUUUAGACCCAUAUGGUUGUCCUACCAUAUUUUUGGAUGGAGCAGUGCAAUGUGUAUCAGAUGGUGGAUUACUUAUGAUUACAGCUACAGAUAUGGCAGUACUAGCCGGUAAUAGCCCUGAAACUUGUUUUCUCAAAUAUGGAGCUAUUUCCUUAAGAUCUAAAGCUUGCCAUGAAAUGGCACUAAGAAUAUUAUUACAAAGUAUUGCUUCACAUGCAGGGCGUUACGGCAGAUACAUAAUACCAUUACUUUCUAUAAGUGUUGAUUUUUAUAUAAGAGUAUUUGUUAAAAUAUUUUCUAGUCACAUUAAAUGCAAAGAGAAUGCAACUAAAAUUGGAAUGGUGUACCAAUGUACGGGUUGUGAGAGUAUUAAUACGCAACCGUUAUGUUAUAAAAAGCCCACUGGAGGCUACAAAUUAACAUCUUCGCCUUAUGUGGAUCAACUUUGUAAAAUCUGUCAGCAUAAACAACACGAAGGAGGACCAAUAUGGUUAGGUCCUUUACAUGACGAAUAUUUUGUAAAUAGUCUUUUAUGUAAUUUAGACAAUAUAAAAUUGGGAACAUUUAAAAGGAUGGUUGGAGUUUUAAAUGUUAUUCAUGAAGAAUUAAAUGUUCCAUUAUAUUACACUCUUGAUCGUUUAAUGUCGAUUGUCAGAUGUGUUACACCAUCGAUGUUAAUAUUCCGCUCUGCGUUGUUAAACGCAGGCUAUCGUGUAUCGUAUUCACAUGCUUGCAAAACAUCUAUAAAAACAGAUGCUCCAAAUGAAGUUAUAUGGGAUAUUGUGCGCGCAUGGGAAAAAAAUAAUUCCGUGAAAAGGGAUAAAUUAUCAAAGGACAGUCCCGCUAUAAAAAUAUUAAAUGCACCAACGACAACAAAUAUUUCAUUCGAUAUACAUCCACUGGCAAAUCCAAUAUCCAGACUGCACAAGCUAACGCGAUUUCAACAAAAUCCUACAGUUAAUUGGGGUCCUGGCACGCGUGCAAGAACAAGGAUAGACCUAGAAAAUGGUGUAGAAAAUUCAAAAAAAAUAAGAAACCAAAAUAAAAAUUCCAGAAAAGAGAAAGCACAUAUAACAAACGACACUGAGGAAAUAAAAUCUUUAUAAAAUAGAUUUAUAUUCUUAUACCAUUUCUUUAUGUCAAAAAAUGAAAAUGUAUAUAAACGAAUCUCGUCAGUCAUUAAAUUUUUUCAUUUAUAAAAUGUACAUGUAAUAUAUUUUAAAUACAUGUAAUACUUUUAAAAUUGUAAAAUUGUAAAUAUGAAUAUAUUAAUAAUUUGAAAUUCUAUAUCGUUUUUCAUCUAAUAUUGUAAAUAUGAACAUAUUCAUUUGAAAUUUUAUGUCGUUUCAAAACAAAAAACAAAAUUAAGCUACUUUUAGCUUAUUUUAUAAAAUAUAAUAUUCACAGCAAUGACAAAAAUGCUGAAAUUGAUAGAUUAUCUCAGUGCUUGAUGAAUAAAAUUGAAAUUCUACGACAUAGACUUAAAUUAUAUAAAAACAAAUUUGUUUUAAUAUAAGCAAAAAAGAAACAUUUAUAUGAUAAUACAACUAAUAUGACGACAUAGAAAAUCUUUAUACUAUAAAAAAAGAAGAUCUACACUGAAAAAAAAGAAUCGCAAUAGUUUUUGCAAAUGAAGAAAUUAAAAAAGUAAAAAGCACAAAAAAUUAAAUCAUUGAAAAAUAAAUCCGUGUACAUUGGACUUAAAACCUUAGAAAAUGAAUAAAAAUUGGAAAAAUUUUAAUCCAAAACACUGCCGAAAAUUUAUAUAAAAUAUUUCUUAAUACAUAUAAAAUAAUAAAGAAAAAGAAACCAUUAACAAAACAAAUUGAUGAAGGAAAAGAAUAUUGUUAAUUAUAUUUUGCAAAAUAAUAUUAAUAAGGACAAUUAUUUGUGGGACGUUGUUAUAUUCUUGUAUAUCUUUAAUUUAGACUGAUAUAUUUAAUUCUAAAAAUGAGAAAAAACUUAUCUAAACAAUCAAUUAUUUAAACAAGACCAUCAAUAAAGCAUUGCAUUUUAAUUGCCUGAAAUUCUAAUACCUCUCGAUAGAAUUUCAGAGAUAAUUAUAUAAUCGUAAACAGUAAUUGUUUGAUAUCAUGAAGCUAACAUAUAGUAUAGUAUGAAGACUGUUAAGUGGAAGGGGAAUUCUCUCAUUUAUAAGCGAUCUAUGUGUGCCUGGUAUGAUUUUUUAGAUUGAUGUUGUGCGUUCAAGCAAUAAGAUGACUGCACCUACGCAUACCUUAAGUAAUGGACAAAAAAUUCCCAUCCUAGGGCUUGGUACUUGGCAAGCUGGAGACGAUCCAAAUGUAGUCGAACAAGCUGUACGAGAUGCGGUGGAUGCCGGAUAUAGGCAUUUUGAUUGUGCUUAUAUCUAUCUCAAUGAAAAAGAAAUCGGUAAAGCUUUGCGCGAUAAGAUUGCUGAGGGUGUGGUAAAAAGAGAGGAUUUAUUUAUCACGACAAAGUUAUGGAAUACAAUGCACAAGAGAGAACAAGUAGUACCAGCAUGCAAAAAGUCACUUGAAAAUUUCGGAUUUGAUUAUAUUGAUCUUUAUCUUGUUCACUGGCCCAUAGCUUAUAAUAACACUGACAAAAUGGAUCUAUGGCCAGUUGAUGAAAAAGGUAAUCCCAUGUAUGGAAAUAUCGAUUUUCUCGACACAUGGCGAGGAAUGGAAGAAUGCGUAAAGCUGGGAUUAACAAAAAGUAUAGGUCUUAGCAAUUUCAACUCCCAGCAGAUCGAUCGUGUUUUAUCAGUCGCUGAAAUCAAACCUGUUAUGAAUCAAGUGGAAUGCCAUCCAAAUUUAAAUCAAAAAAAGUUGCGAGAUUUCUGUGCGCAACGUGGUAUAUCUAUCACUGCUUACAGUCCAUUUGGUUCUCCUAAACGUAUUUGGGCGAAAUCUACUGAUCCACAAGUUACAAUUGAGGCACCAGAAAUCGUGGCAAUUAGCCAAAAAUACGGCAAAACACCAGCGCAAAUUGUUUUGCGAUACUUGAUUGAUAUUGGUACCAUUCCCAUUCCAAAAUCCAGUUCUAAGGAACGCAUAAAACAAAAUAUAAACAUCUUUGAUUUUAAAUUAACACCAGAAGAAAUUGCAACUAUCAACUCUCUUGACUGUGGAAUUCGUAUUUGCCCUGCUGAACAGUUCAAGGGACACAAGGAUUAUCCAUUCAAUAUAGAAUUCUAAAAGAAAAUUAUUUUAAUCAAUUGUACUAUUUUGUUAAAUAUUUUUGUAAUAUUCUAUAUGACCUUCGUCCAUAUUUGUAAUUUGAUUUUUAAUAAACCAAUUAUAUAAAAAAUCAUUUAAGAAGCAGAAUGUAAUUCGCGUUUGUUAUUUCUAUUGAAUAUAACGCGCAUUAAAUAAUCAAGCUUAUUAUUUGAUAUUUUUAUUAAUAUUGCAAACUUAAAUAUUUGCUUUCUGUUUAUAAAAAACAAGAACUCACGUUAUUGAUAACAUAUAUCACGUUUGCGUUGGUGUUGUGCAAUACAGCACAUCUAAUUUUAGCUAUUUAGAAUUGUUCGCAUCAUCACUAUCGUUAUAUAAUGAUUAACUGUUAGGAAUACAGUAUGAAUAGAAGGCACUACGAUAUACUUUAAUCAGUUAGUUUCUAGAAUAUCGUCAGAUUUACAUACUUGUUACAGAGGGAACCUCUAAUUCGAAUUUAUUGACGCUAUAUCUGUUCUUCCAACGAUUUGUUUAAGACCUAACAUCAAUCAUGAUUAAAAUACCUUCUUUUACAUUUUCCAAUGGAUAUAAAAUGCCAAUUUUUGGUCUUGGUACCUAUCAGUCCCGCCCUGGAGAAGUAGAAGCAGCUGUAAUGGAGGCAAUAAACUUAGGAUAUCGCCACAUAGACACUGCGUUUUUUUAUCAAAAUGAGAAAGAGAUUGGUCAAGCAGUUCAAGCAAAGAUCAAGGAUGGAACUGUGAAAAGAGAAGAUCUCUUCAUUACAACUAAGCUUUGGAAUAAUUUCCACAAACAGUCGAGUGUAGUUCCAACGUGUAAGAAAUCUUUGGAAAAUCUUGGAUUAAGUUAUCUGGAUCUUUAUUUGGUACAUUGGCCAUUUGCCUUCCAGGUUGAAGUCAACAUAAAUGUAAAUCAAACACCAUUAAUAGAAUUUUGCAAAAAGCACAAUAUUACGAUAACUGGGUAUUCACCGCUGGGACAACCAGGAAAUAAAGCAGGCAUACCAACAGGAUUAGAUAAUCCAGUAGUAAUAGAGCUUUCGAAAAAGCACAAUAAAACGCCAGCACAAAUUAUUCUAAGAUACGUAUUACAACAAGGAAUCGCUAUCAUUCCAAAAACAGUAACAUCGAGCCGGUUAAAAGAAAAUAUGAAUAUAUUUGACUUUUCUCUAACAAAUGACGAAAUGGCGUCUAUAGAUAAAAUUGGUACAGGUCAACGUGUUGCACGUUUUGGCGAAUGGAACUCGAAACUUUCCAACAGAACCAACUCGCCAGCAUGCAACAGAUUGUUAUCAUUAGAUAACAUCGUGUCGCCAAUCACUCAAUGCGGUUCUUGGAGGUCUAGAAUGCUCGACAAGGUGAAAGAAUAUCGUGAUGCGAUUAAGAACAUGAUGACCUUCGACAAGACGGCAAACGGCUUUCAAACUGCGCGAAUAAAUGAUAAACGCUCGAGCAACUCUUCAAUCGACAUGAGAGCAACGACUUCUCUGUCCUCGAUACCGGAUGUCGUUACAUUCAGUAGCAUCGCGUUGAAAUAUAAAGAAUACGAAGACAUACCGAUUGCAAUGAGAGGUCCUAGAUUGAAUACGACUGAAUCGAGGAAACUGAACGCGCCAGUAGAGCCGAGCAACCAAAUUAAUAAUACGAGUGAUUCGCCGAGCCGUUUUGCUUCAAUGGACAACAUGAUUAGUAGUUCAUUGAAAUCGUUUCUGGCGCUCGAGAAGCAAGUAAAAGAGGAAUUCUUAGAAGAGGACGACACCUUCACGAUCAAAAAGAAAAUUUCAGCGGAACCAUUCCUUUCUUACACGGAGGGUAUCGCGGAAUUCGUCUGGACAGACGAUUCAACGGAGGAGAGCCUUCAUGGUAAACUAUCGAACUCUCUAGAACAUUUGAACUCGGAAGAUAUCAGCUUUGGUGAUCCACGUACGAACUCCACGUUCUACGACGAUUUUUGCAUGCAUAGAAAUCGUACCUCCUCUCCGAUUCGAAGGUACCCUCUCAAAGAUUCUAGUUUUGAAAACAAUUGCUCGAUAUAAGUAUUUCCAUUAUUUUCUUUCUAGUGUCUUCCCCCUUUCCUGCAUUUUUUAUUUACUGAACUUUUUGUAAGUUUAGAUCUGUUCAUAUUUAGAUCAAUAA